CUGUGAAUACAAUGCGAUUCACAGUGAUGGACGAAGAAUUUAACACGGCUUUAAGAAAGGUGGACCACACCUAUUCGCAAUAAUACUUCUUCCUCUUGUUUUUUUAGAUCGUUCACAGCAAAUGAUGUCCGAAAUGGGUUACGCGUAGGCGCGACGAUUCUGCAUCCUUGAUUUUCAGGCGUCAAUAUAUACCUAGGGAAAGUUCUAGGAUUGAAAAAGGUACGAACAAAAGCAAACAACGUGCAUCAACGAGAGCAAACUCCGACACAAACGCCAUUCUAUUGGGAUUGGUUGGUGCUUUCAUUAUGGUUACCUGAAUUUGAGAAAUCGGAAUGGCACCACCAGAGCAGGUCCUGCACCUUUACAGGCGUCUUCUGCGAGCAACGACCUAUAUUCCAGACUCCUUCACUCGAAGCUACAUCCACGGUUUUGUUACAUCUCGUUUCAAGGCCAAUUGCACCCCUGCCAAUCUGUUCAAGCCAAAUGCGAGGGCAUUAGCUUCCAAUCGACUCAAAAAAGCUCGACAUUGGGCCAAGAUCAUUGAGAGUGCUUCACAAGGACAUAUAGCGGAUCUGCAGAAGGUCCUUAUACAGGUUCACGGGAGACAGGGUCCGAGAAAACGUGUUUUAUUACGGCAACUAUUACAACCAGAAGAGGAUCGUUUGCCCAAGGACGAUUCGGCCCUAGAAGACCUCAUCCACAAGCCUGUGGCAGAUUCAUCGCUAAGAUUCGAGCGUGGGACGAAAUUAUACGCAUUAUGCGAAAGCCAGCGAGAAAACCAUCAUCCUGAACAUAACAAAUCCAAGCUUCGCCAUCUCGAACCCAAGAUACCAGCGGAGAAUGGAUGGGGUCGGCCGACACCAAGGAAACUUGCAGAAAAUUUGAGGAAGAGAUGGUGGGCUGAAUCGAUCGACAAGCUGCUGCCACCUGUACCUCAAGGCGAGGUCCAACGUCUGCGAGACUUGGCCUCCGGUGCUAUACCUCUCGAUGAAGCUCCUCCAAGACGAGCAAAGGGGACGAUCUCUGAUCUGUACAAGGCAGAACAAAAACACAUAAGUGGAGACCAGUUAUUAAAUGUACUCAGAUCACCUGCCAGGACUGAGCGACUCGGAGUACCCAAGCUGGACUUUGAUCCAUCCCGUGGCUUGGUUAUAGCUCACACUGAGGAAUCUGCACCGAAGCCCUUCUCUCCAUCUCAUGCUCGGUCUAUGCGGAGAAUGUACUCACUGAUAUCACAAUUGACACCUUUGAUGAUUCAAGACGAAGUUACGAAGAAGUGGAUUGUGCAAUGGGGCGGUAGAAAAUCAAAAGCUUUGAAUGGAGUGGUAUCGAAGCCCUCAGCACAACAUCUGGAGCUUUUUGAAGGGCUCAACGGCGUAGAUGACAGCGCAAGACCCCUUACUAGAAGACAAAACAACACUCUCAAGAAGAGAGAGCGUGCAAAACUGGAAGAACUCGAAGGAGAGAACAGACUGGAAUUAUGAUACCCCUUUCAGCAAGCAAAUAUACCACCCAAUGCAU